AACACUAAUCCAUGGGAGCCAAUAUUAAUUUGAAGUCUGGCAGAUGCGCCAAAUGGGCACCAUCAAUGUGUGAGAUGUAGCGGUAUAGUAGCGAAAUAAAAAAAUUCACUAAUAGUGUUCAAAAUUUAAUAUUUAUGUAUAACAAGUUGAGAAACUUUUAAGUUAGAAGCAGUAUAUAGAUUUUUUAUAUACAUAAUUAUAUAAUUAUCCAAUAAAGGGUGUUCAACUUACUGCAGCCCUUCAGCACAUGUGACUCCGUCAUAAGUUUGAGAUUUUGUUAUAUUUUUCUUUUGGGGAGAUUUGCUACUUUGUCUUAAUGAACUUCCGAAGAGUACUCCACAUAGAUAAGAGAUUAUUUUUAUUCUAAUGCAGUUGGCCUCAUGACCGCUUAGAACUUACUGCACAUUCAAAUGACAACAACAAUAAUAACAGAUUUGGUAUAGGGUAACAAUAAUAACAGAUUUGGUAUAGGGUGAUGUGUACACAGACCUUAUCACUACCUUGCGAAGAUAGAAAAACUGUUUUCGAUAGACCCUCGACUUACACUAUCUGCACAUUCAGAUGGUGUAAACAAUUCUCAUAAUGGCGCAUAGAACUCUUUCACCAUACCCUACAUGUUACAGUCGGACCGGAUUUGUUUCUUCUUUUAUGAGAUUGAUUGACCUUGGCUUUAAAAUUUUAUUACCUUUUCAGUACCGUUAUUUCUCUAAUAGAAGAAUACUUUGCAAAUGCAGCAGCAAGAGGAUUCUCUCCUUAGCCAAACUAAUACAGGAGCACAUCAAAAUUCUUACCAAAUUUGCAUCGAUAAUAAAUUUAUUUCUUUGAAUUUAAAAUCCAAGAAAAUAAUAAUAAUAAUAAUAACAGCUUCAAGUAGCAAAAGUUGCCAUAUUUAUUGGAAUCAAAUAAUAAACUUCCAUACGUAAAAAUCUCCUAGAAUGAUUGAGACCCCAUAUUCAUUUGGUUAAUUAUUAAAUUCUAAGAUUCUUACAAUCUUAGACCAAAUGAAUUUAAUUUUAAAAUGUCAUUAGAAAAUACUACUAUAUAAGAGAAUCUUUAUAUCAUUCAUUCAUUCAAAAGCUUUUUUUCUCACCAAUGGAGUUUUAUCAAACAUCAAAAUGUGAUUUUUUGGCAAAAGUACUGGUCGUUUUGACAUGGGGAAUGCUAAGUCUUAGAGCAGCGGAAUGUAGUACCGAUACAGGAUCUGUGGACUAUGAAGCAAUAAACUGUAGAAAGCACACUGCAUUUUUGACAGAUUUUGGAGGCAAAGGUGAUGGAUAUACGUCAAACACAGAGGCUUUUAGAAGAGCAAUUAGUGAAUUGAGCAAAUUUGCAACAGAUGGGGGAGCACAGCUCAUUGUUCCUCCUGGGAAAUGGCUAACAGGCCCUUUCAAUCUCACUAGUAGUUUCACUCUUUACAUACACCAGGAUGCUGUCAUUCUAGCUUCUCAGGAUGAGGCAGAGUGGGAUUUAAUUCCACCAUUGCCAUCUUAUGGAAGAGGAAGAGAUGCUGCAGGACCAAGGUUUAUUAGUCUCAUCUUUGGAACAAACUUGACUGAUGUAGUCAUUACAGGUGGAAAUGGAACCAUAGAUGGUCAGGGUCAACAGUGGUGGACAAAAUUUCGACAAGGUCAACUGAACUACACCCGACCUUACCUCAUUGAGAUCAUGUUCUCCGAUCAUGUCCAAAUUUCCAAUCUUACCUUGAUUAACUCUCCUUCGUGGAAUGUUCAUCCCGUUUACAGCAGUUUUGUGGUGAUGAAGGGAUUAACAAUCCUUGCACCAACUGAUUCACCAAACACAGAUGGGAUUGACCCAGAUUCUUGUUCAAACACCAAAAUUGAAGAUUGCUUCAUAGUCUCCGGGGAUGAUUGUAUAGCAGUGAAAAGUGGUUGGGAUGAAUAUGGAAUAGCAUUUGGAAUGCCUACACAGCACCUAAUCAUAAGAAGGCUUACCUGCAUAUCUCCUGAUAGUGCAGUCAUUGCUCUUGGAAGCGAAAUGUCCGGUGGCAUUCAAGAUGUUAGAGCUGAAAACAUUACAGCAAUCAGUUCUGAAUCAGGCGUGAGAAUCAAAACUGCUAUAGGAAGAGGGGCAUACGUUAAAGACGUGUUCGUGAAAGGAAUGACAUUGCAGACAAUGAAAUAUACCUUUUGGAUGACGGGCGAUUAUGGGUCUCAUCCUGAUGAUCAUUUUGAUCCAAAAGCACUUCCUGUCAUUCAGGGAAUUAAUUUUAGGGACGUUGUAUCUAAGAAUGUUACAAUAGCAGGGAAAUUAGUGGGGAUAAAAAAUGAUACCUUCAGCGGAAUUUGCAUUUCAAAUGUGAGCAUCGAGUUGUCAGAACAUGCUAAGAAACAACCAUGGAACUGCAGUGAUAUACAAGGGGUUUCUAGUCAAGUGAGUCCUCAGCCGUGUGCUCUGUUGCCUGAUCAGAAAAUUGAUUGUCCUUAUCCCAGCGAUACGUUGCCUGUUGAUGAGAUUCAGUUCCAGACUUGUGCUGCAGCUACUCACUGUUGAGUAAAAGAUAGAGAUAUAUCCAGCUAGUGCCUUGUUCUUUUAUGCUUCAAAGUUUUGGAACCAUUUUUAUUUUUAAUUAAACAACAUUUGCUCCAGUACAUGUUUUCCAGUCUUCUAGUUAAAAUCAAGUUAUAGAUGUUACCUCAUAUGCUUCACUCUACGACUUAGACGCUAUGUCCUUGAG